ACAAUGGGAAUUUUGUUAAAAAACAAAAAAGUGGAGAGAGAGAAGCCGAUUAGACUGGAAAUGGAGAGUUUGGGUUCUUUUCAAGAAUUCAAUAAAGAAACACGAACACUGUGAUUUUUUCUUUGAAGAGCUCUUCCUCAUCACUUAAAAAGAAUCCGUAAAUGGCUCUUGUAAAUAAUGCCAAGGAUCACUGGGCAUUUCUGGAAGAAAUUGAAGCACCAAUGUGGGUGGAUUUCACUGUAGAAGAAAAGUUUAACUACCAAGAUGUAGAUGAUAAGUGGUUUCAUACUAGCCAUCCGUUCCACCAGUGUACUUCUCGCCAGUUAAAAGUUGCGUUUGCUCAUUCUAGUGAGAGGAGUAUGUCUUCAGAUUUUGAGUUUAAGGGAUCAUCUUCCCCGAAUAUUCCAUCUUCUGUCUCAAGAUCAAGGGGAAAACAUUAUGCAGGCAAGAAAUGGGGAGGAGGUGAAUGUGAUCUCUCAAUGACUAAGAAGCAUCCAGUUAAGGUGUUAAAUGAUAAGUCUUCAAGGGUGAAUUCAGAAUCCAGUGAUGAAAUAAAACCCAAACUAAGCUUUGCAAAUUCUAAAGGAACUUCUAGGUCAAAAUUAAGUACGGUUUCUGGGAAGAGCUUCACUGGAAUUGCUAAGGAAACUGAUUUAAAAGCUAAAUCUGGUCAAGGUGGUAGUGAAAGUAGUUCGAAUUCUGGGAUGGCUAUGGUAAGUGAUAGCAAUACAAGUACUGUUACAUUUGGGAGUGGUCAUCAAGCACGGCAAGGGAACAUGGAAGUAUUAAGUCGAGGAUUUGAUCACACAAGUGGGCUUCUGUCAGCUGUGAGGAAUGGUCUUAGGAAAAGCUUUGUUACAAGAAAAGCAUCAAGGGUGGAUAAACAAUUAAGAGAUCGCAAGUCUUCAUCCAGCAAAUCUAGUGUUGGAUCGUCUUUGAACAAUGGUUAUGAUGUCAAGAGCUCGACACUUACAUUGAUGAGGAAGAAAGAACAAACUCCAGAUAGCAGAAAUGUGGCAAGGAUGACUGAAGCAGCAAGGAAGAAAACAAAAGAUUCUAACAUGUCCAAGACUUCUGAUGUUCGAGUGAAGGAGAAGGUCUUUAAUUCUAGAAAGGGAGCUAUAAGUAAUGUCUCAAAAUCAGCUCCCCAAGAAGCUCUGAAAUCAGAGGUUCAGAAGCAGACCCUCCGUGUAACAGCAUUGGCCGAACACAGAGGAAACAAGCAACGCUCGUUACCUGGUACUGCAAAAUCUAGGGAGAAGGUAAGAGUUAGUAGGCUUAACAAAAUGGUUGCCCCUGGGAAAGAGAAUGUGACAGGAAAAAUGUCCUUGAGCCAAAACUGCAGCAGCAGAGGGACCAAACUGAAUGUGCCACAAAAGGGUGACAAAACGGUGUUACUUUGACGAAAGGUACAAUUUGUUGAUCAUCAAUUUUCUGUCCUCAACUUUGAUUUUUCCCCCCUGAAAAUUGCAUAGGCGUCUACGGACAUAUGAGGUUCUUCAGCAAUUUAUGAGGACAAAAGUUCAAUAUUAGACAACCCAUUAAAAGAGGUCUGAAAUACAUUCUGGUAAUGAGAAUUUUACGGGAGCUUCCCUGUUAUGUAAAGCAUCUUGAUUUAUUUGUAAAAGCCUUUUUUCUUAUACUCCAUGGUAGCAGUCUGAUGCUCUCUCCUCUAAAGGUGUCCUUGGAUUUCAAGCACAAGUAGGGAAGAAUACGAAGUUCUGAAUUGUAUGCUAGGUUUGGACUGAUAAUUGUGUACGAUGUGGAGUUUUUCAUUGUUUCUUAAAACUUGCAAUCUAAUUAAAUUUUUUAAUUUAUUAUUAGGGGGUAAUUGUUGCUUGCAUAGGUAGUGCCAGUGUCCAAUUUUAGCUUGCGAAGUUAGUUGCCAGUGUCACUGGCAGGUAUGAGAAUGGUGCUGGACAUCAUUCUUUUAUUCCUUUUCCUCCUCUAACCCCUCAUGACCUUUUAUUCCAAUAACACUUGAGGUUGGCAGCACCUUAAGCUGCUCAUGAAUUUGGUAACAAUUGAAAAUCAAAAUUUACUCAUUCAGCUGUAAAUUCCAAUCGUAUGCUUUGAAUUUGUUGACGGAAUUUCUUUCUCAGGGAGGAAUUCUUAUUGGAAUUGCAUGCAGAGCUUUUAGUCCUUAAGUUCUAUUUCGCAAGCGGUAAGUGUCUUUCUUUCUGAAUGGGAAUGGAAUGUCUUUAAACAAGAACCGAUGCAACAUCGGUUUGAUGAUGUCUCUGUUGGAUGGGUGUCAUUUUCGUGGCUCUCUUUUGAUUAUUAUUUUUUUGGUACUAUAUGCAAUAGUUUUAUACAAUCUGAUUUUUCAACAAACUAUCUAGCAGGGAAAAAUCAGUAGCCCAGGCAACGGGAAGCAUCCAACAAAUGCGAUUGGAGGGUCUACGUUCGAUAAACAAGCAUUGCAGGACAGUUUUUGUUUGUACAUAAAUUGCCAACGCAGUCUCAUUAACAUAGAAACGUGGAAUUUCAUUCAAGCUUACCAGAUUCAGAGGCAAAUUACCAGAUUCAGAGGCAAAUUUUGUUAUCAUGCCUUUUCUACUGACCAUGCCUGCGGCUUUCUUUCGUACAAGUGCUCUUUUAUCUCAGGCUUUGCUAUUCGAGCACAUACGAAUUGGUGGUCUCUCUUCCUUGCUUCAAUUUCAACUAACAAGCAUGGAAAUUAUUGGUCAUGUUGACAAUGUGAUAUCCAGUUUUGACACCUGCGUCAAUCAAAUUGAUUUUUAUUAAA